AUGUUGGCUAACGGACCUGAUGGAAACUUCGCUGCUUAUCACUAUACUGAUUUGGACAAAGUUGUUAUCCCCAUCAUUAUGCCGAUCGUGGUCACCAUAGGUAUCAUCAGCAACGUAAUGACAAUUAUCGUGAUAACAAGUUCAAAAUUUAUGCACACAAGUGUUAACAUAUACUUUGCAAAUUUGGCAGUAGCUGAUACUUUGUACUUAUUAGUGGCACCUUCUUGGAUUUGGAACUCGUAUGUUAAAAGUCCGAUACAUAAUUGGUAUGAUAUGAGUGAAGGUAGUGAUUGGUUUUGUCCGUUCUAUUCUUUUAUAACUGGAGCGGCGACAGCAGUCGCACUCUUCACAAUCUUAUGGAUGUCCAUUGAACGUUAUAUGGCAGUUUGCAAACCUUUUCAGUUCAGAAAAAGUGGAUUUGGAAUUUGUUCAAGAUCUAAAAAGAUUUGUGUCAUCAUCUGGCUCUUAGGCUUGUUUUGGGAUGCGAGACAGCUCGUCUUAACUUCCGCCAAAUUCACUGAUGUUAAAGGUCUAAAUUUUACACAGUGUAAACAUAAUGAUAUGAAUUAUUACAUUCUAGUGUUCGCAGAUCUACCUAUCAUUUUUUCAGCUACCAUGGUCGUGGUAUUUCUCUAUACGGCAAUGCUGAUCUCAUUACGAAAAGCACGUGUUAAUUCAGCUGAUUCGGCCUACACCAACAAGAAAUCCAGAUUAAAAUCGGAAAUGAAAAUUGUUCUGACAUUAGUUGUAACUGUCAUUGUUUAUUUUGUUUGUAUGCUCCCAAAAUACAUACAUGUUUUAUUGUUAAAGUAUAAAAUUAUAAACGAAAUCUUACUAAUCAAUAUCUUCAAACUCAUGUCUAUUAUAAAUUCAUCUGUGAAUCCUUUGAUAUAUAAUGUAAUGAAUGACUCCUUCAGACGAGCUUUUCGUGACUUAUACUGCAGAAGAUAUAAUAAAAAAUAA